AUGUCGCUUCUGAUUCUUCCUGGUCCUCAGGCAUUGUCGCCUUUCAGAGUUUCUACUUUGAUCAAUGAUAUCAACACUGCUGUUAAUUCUUCAGUUGUUACUUCAAUUCGUUCUGCUUUUAUUCAUUAUGUCUCUUUAAAAGAAGAUUCAGAAUUUAAAAAAGAUUCUAAAAAAAUUGAAUUAUUAGAAACUUUAUUACAAUAUGAUCAAAAAUUAGAUUUAGAAGAUCCAUUAACUCAACAAUUGAUUAAAAUUUCCACUUCUGAAGAAACUUUACAAUCUGAAGAUGAAGAUUCUUAUAUUAUUAGAAUUUUACCAAGACCUGGUACUAUUUCUCCAUGGUCAUCAAAAGCUACAAAUAUCUCAAAUGUUUGUGGUUUAGAAAAUGAUAUUGAUAGAAUUGAAAGAGGUUUAGCUCUUUUGGUUAAAGUUCGUCGUGGAUUCCCAUUAAAAGAUCAUUUAUUAGAUGGUUCUUCAUUAGUCUCAGUUUAUGAUAGAAUGACUCAAUCUUUAUACAUUGAAACUGCACCAACAAAUGAAGAUUUAUUCAGUCAUCAUAAACCAAAACCAUUAGUUGAAGUUGAUUUAACUUCCAAACCAAAAGAAAAAUUAGAAACUGCAAAUAAAAUCCUUGGUUUAGCUUUGGAUCAAGGUGAAAUUGAUUAUUUAGUUAAUGCUUUUGUUAAUCAAAUUGGUAGAAAUCCAACUGAUGUUGAAUUAUUCAUGUUUGCUCAAGUUAAUUCAGAACAUUGUCGUCAUAAAAUUUUCAAUGCUGAUUGGGAAAUUGAUGGUGAAACAAAACCUUUAACUUUAUUUAAAAUGAUUAGAAACACCGAAGAAAGAAACCCACAACAUACUAUCAGUGCUUAUAGUGAUAAUGCUGCUGUUUUUGAAGGUCCAGAUGCUUAUAUAUAUACUCCAAAUCCAAAAACUAAAGUCUGGACUUCUAAAAAGGAAAAAGUUCAUACUUUAAUUAAAGUGGAAACUCAUAAUCAUCCAACCGCGGUUUCUCCAUUCGCAGGUGCUGCAACUGGUUCAGGUGGUGAAAUUAGAGAUGAAGGUGCCGUUGGUAGAGGUUCAAAAUCAAAAUGUGGGUUAGCUGGAUUUUCAGUUUCAGAUUUAUUAAUUCCAGAUUUUGAACAACCAUGGGAAUUGAAAAAUAUUGGUAAACCUUAUCAUAUUGCUUCACCAUUAGAUAUUAUGAUUGAAGCUCCAUUAGGUUCUGCUGCUUUCAAUAACGAAUUUGGUCGUCCUGCUAUCAAUGGUUAUUUUAGAACUUUAACAACAUCUGUUAAAAAUGCAGAAGAUAAAGAAGAAAUUAGAGGGUUCCAUAAACCAAUCAUGUUAGCUGGUGGUAUGGGUGCUAUUAGACCUCAAUUUGCUUUGAAAAACCAUGGUAUCACUCCAGGUGCUGCAUUAAUUGUCCUUGGUGGUCAAUCAAUGUUGAUUGGUUUAGGUGGUGGUGCUGCUUCUUCAAUUGCAUCUGGUGAAGGUUCUGCUGAUUUAGAUUUUGCUUCUGUUCAAAGAGGUAAUCCAGAAAUGCAACGUCGUGCUCAACAAGUUAUUGAUGUUUGUGUUGCCCUAGGUGGUAAUAAUCCAAUUCAAUCCAUCCAUGAUGUUGGUGCUGGUGGGUUAUCAAAUGCCUUACCUGAAUUAGUUCAUGAUAAUGGUCUUGGUGCUAAAUUUGAAUUAAGAGAUAUCUUAAGUUUAGAACCUGGUAUGUCACCAAUGGAAAUUUGGUGUAAUGAAUCUCAAGAACGUUAUGUCUUGGCUGUUGCUCAACAAGAUUUAGAUAAUUUCAAAGAAAUUUGUGAAAGAGAAAGAGCUCCUUAUGCAGUUGUUGGUCAUGCUACAAGUGAAGAACGUUUAAUCUUAACUGAUAAAUUAUUAGAAUCAACUCCAAUUGAUUUAGAAAUGUCAAUUUUAUUUGGUAAACCACCAAAAAUGUCAAGAACUACCAAGAGUGCUCCAUUAAAAUUAGAUCCAGUUUCUUUACCAGAUGUUAAAUUUAAUGACGCAUUGGAAAGAGUUUUACAUUUACCGGCUGUUGGUUCAAAAUCAUUCCUUAUUACAAUUGGUGAUCGUACAGUUACUGGUUUAAUUGAUCGUGAUCAAAUGGUUGGCCCAUGGCAAGUCCCAGUUGCAGACGUUGGUGUUACUGCAACUUCAUUAGGUGAAACUGUUGUUACAACAGGUGAAGCUUUAGCUAUGGGUGAAAAACCAACAAUUGCAUUAAUUUCUGCAGGUGCUUCAGCAAAAUUAUCAGUUGCAGAAUCUUUAAUCAAUUUAUUUGCUGCUGAUAUUAAAUCUUUAGAUGCUGUUAAAUUAUCUGCUAAUUGGAUGUCUCCAGCAAGUCAUCCUGGUGAAGGUGCUAAAUUAUAUGAAGCUGUUCAAGCUAUUGGUUUAGAAUUAUGUCCAGAAUUAGGUGUUUCUAUCCCAGUUGGUAAAGAUUCCAUGUCAAUGAAGAUGAAAUGGGAUGAUAAAGAAGUUACAGCUCCAUUAGCUUUAGUUAUUACUGCUUUCGGUCCAGUUGGUAAUACAUCUAAGACUUGGACUCCACAAUUAAUUAAGACUGAAGAACCAACUGUUUUAGUUUUAGUUGAUUUAGCUGCCAAAAUCUCCAAGGCAUUAGGUGGUUCAGCUUUAGCUCAAGUUUAUAAUCAAGUUGGUGAUUCAAGUCCAAAUGUUCAUGAUGCUUCAAUCUUAAAAUCAUUCUUAACAAGUAUUACUAAAUUACAUCAAACUGAUUUAGUUUUAAGUUAUCAUGAUAGAUCUGAUGGUGGGUUGAUUGUUACUUUAUUAGAAAUGGCAUUCGCUGGUAGAUCCGGUUUGAACAUUAAUUUGAACAAUCAAAAUGAAGAUUCAUUAACUUCAUUAUUUAAUGAAGAAUUAGGUGCUGUUUUCCAAGUUUCUAAAUCAAGAUAUGAAGAAUUUGUCUCAACAUUGGUUGAAUCUGGUGUUCCAGCUGAUUUAAUUUCAAUUGUUGGUGAACCAGUUUUCAAUAAAGAACAAUCAAUUCAAGUUGUUUAUAACGGUGAACAAAUCUUGAAUAGUUCAAGAGCUUCAUUACAACAAUCAUGGGCUGAAACUUCAUAUAAAAUUCAAAGAUUAAGAGAUAAUCCAAAAUCUGCUGAUCAAGAAUUCCAAGCAAUUCAAGAUAAUUUAGAUCCAGGUCUUUCAUAUAAAUUAACUUAUAAUCCAACUGAUGAUUUACAAAUUUCUUCAUUAGAAUCAAAACCAAAAGUUGCUAUUUUAAGAGAACAAGGUGUUAAUGGUCAACAAGAAAUGGCUUGGUCAUUUGAACAAGCUGGUUUCACUUCUGUUGAUGUUCAUAUGACUGAUAUUAUUAGUGGUCGUGUUACAUUAGAUGAUUUUGUUGGGUUUGCUGCUUGUGGUGGGUUCUCAUAUGGUGAUGUUUUAGGUGCUGCCUCAGGUUGGGCUAAAUCUGUUUUAUACAAUGAACGUGCUCGUAAAGAAUUUUAUAAAUUCUUUAACGAACGUGAUGAUACAUUUGCAUUUGGUGCUUGUAAUGGUUGUCAAUUCCUUUCAAGAAUUGCAGAAUUAAUUCCAGGUACUGAAAACUGGCCAACAUUCGAAAAAAACACAAGUGAACAAUAUGAAGCAAGAGUUUGUGAAGUUGAAAUUGUGGAAAACUCAGAUGUUACACCAAGUGUUUUCUUGAACGGUAUGAAAGGUUCAAGAUUACCAAUUGCAGUUGCUCAUGGUGAAGGUCAUGCAUCAUUUAAAUCUGAUGAAGAUUUAGAAAAACUAAACAGUACAGGUUUAGUUUCAGUUAGAUAUGUUGAUAAUUAUGGUAAUUCUACUGAAAAAUAUCCAUAUAAUCCAAAUGGUUCUCCAAAUGGUAUUACUGGUAUUAGAACUCCAAAUGGUAGAGUUUUAGCUAUGAUGCCUCAUCCAGAAAGAGUUGUUAGAUUAGAAGCUAAUUCAUGGUAUCCAAGCCAAGAAGCUGAAUUAUGGGAAAAUUAUGGUCCAUGGGUUAGAUUAUUCCGUAGUGCUAGAAAAUGGGUUAAUUAA